AUGACCUUCAUCUCAAAUAAUCCCGCUUACUGGCCGUAUCUCAGUUUGAAUAUUUAUUUGAGCUAUUGGAUAGUUGCCGUGGUUGCUGUGGUGGUAUACGAUUGGGUCUUAACACUAGGACAAGAGAUUGAACUCAUCUGGGUACACUACAUUGGAAUACCAGCUGCUCUGUUAAGUUGGACAAAUGUGGCCUUGACUGCCAUGUUGGGCGUCAUCAUGAUUGCUCGGUUGCAUGCCAUGUAUCAGGGAUCUAGAAAGAUCCUUAUGUUCCUUCAUCAGGAAAAAACAAAUUUUGUGGGAGCCCUGAUCUACAGCGGGCUACAGCAGACUACAGCAGACUACAGCGGACACUUGGAGGCACAAUAG